AGCCCUCCCCCUUGCGUAUCUCGCUUAAGAUGGCAGCGGAGUCAGGGGAACUAAUCGGGGCUUGUGAGUUCAUGAAAGAUCGGUUAUAUUUUGCUACUUUAAGGAAUAGACCAAAAAGCACAGUAAAUACCCACUAUUUCUCCAUCGAUGAGGAGCUGGUCUAUGAAAAUUUCUAUGCAGAUUUUGGACCUCUGAAUUUGGCAAUGGUGUACAGAUACUGCUGUAAACUAAACAAGAAACUAAAAUCAUACAGUUUAUCAAGAAAGAAAAUAGUGCACUACACCUGCUUCGACCAACGAAAAAGAGCGAAUGCAGCAUUUUUGAUAGGUGCUUAUGCCGUGAUCUAUUUAAAGAAGACACCGGAAGAAGCCUACAGAGCACUCCUGUCUGGCUCAGCACCCCCCUAUCUUCCAUUCAGGGAUGCUUCCUUUGGAAACUGCACUUACAAUCUCACCAUCCUCGACUGUUUGCAGGGAAUCAGAAAGGGAUUACAACAUGGAUUUUUUGACUUUGAAACAUUUGAUGUGGAUGAAUAUGAACACUAUGAGCGAGUUGAAAAUGGUGACUUCAACUGGAUUGUUCCAGGAAAAUUUUUAGCAUUUAGUGGACCACAUCCUAAAAGCAAAAUUGAAAAUGGUUACCCUCUUCACGCCCCUGAAGCCUACUUUCCUUAUUUCAAAAAGCAUAACGUGACUGCAAUCGUGAGGCUGAACAAAAAGAUUUACGAGGCAAAGCGCUUCACAGACGCUGGCUUCGAGCACUACGACCUGUUCUUCAUAGACGGGAGCACGCCCAGCGACAACAUCCUGCGAAGGUUCCUGAACAUCUGUGAGAACACCGAAGGGGCCAUCGCGGUUCACUGCAAAGCUGGUCUUGGAAGAACAGGGACAUUGAUAGCCUGUUAUGUAAUGAAACACUACAGGUUUACACAUGCUGAAAUAAUUGCUUGGAUCAGAAUAUGCCGGCCAGGCUCCAUUAUAGGACCCCAACAACACUUCCUGGAAGAAAAACAAGCCUCAUUGUGGGUCCAAGGAGACAUUUUCCGAUCGAAACUGAAAAAUAGACCAUCCAGUGAAGGAAGUAUUAAUAAAAUUCUUUCUAGCUUGGAUGAUAUAUCUAUUGGUGGAAACUUAUCUAAAAUACAAAGUGUGGAAAGAUUUGCAGAGAAUAAUUUAGAAGAGGAUGAAGAUGUGGAAAUGAAAAAUUGUAUAACCCAGGGAGACAAACUACGUGCCUUAAAAAGUCAGAGACAGCCACGCACCUCACCAUCCUGUGCAUUUAGGUCAGAUGAUUUGAAAGGGCACCCAAGAUCAGUGUCCCAGCCUUUCAGAUUAAGUACUUCCCCACAAGGAUCUACCCCUGCUUUGAAGACCUCAAAAGUGGCUUUGUCCCCUUCAGCAAUGGCCAAGAAAAUAAACAGAGGUUCCUUGUCCUCGUGCGCCAGUGUAAGAAGCUUUUCCAUAAACUCCCGGCUAGCCAGUUCUCUAGGGAACUUGAAUGCUGCCCCUGAUGACCCAGAGAACAAAAAGACCUCCUCAUCCUCUAAGGCAGGUGUCCCAGCCAGCCCGUUCACCAACCUCCUGAAUGGCAGCUCCCAGCCGACCACCAGAAAUUACCCUGAGCUCAACAACAACCAGUACAACAGAAGCAGCAGUGGGGGCAACCUGAACAGCCAGCCGGCCCCCCAAAGCGCCAAGGCAGAGGAGCGUGCCACCGUCCUGCGACCCUCCUGUCCGGGGCUUUCUUCUUCUUCAGCGAGAUUCCUGAGCCGUUCUAUCCCCUCCCUUCAGUCUGAAUAUGUUCAUGACUAAGGCCUUGCCACUCCGGUGAAAGCUGUUCCACCCUUAGACACAGUUUCUUCGUCUGGAUGAGCAGUGUAGAGGGAAAGCAACUGCUUGCUGGAAGAAUGUCUCUGCCUUCUUACCUUAAAUUACAGAGAGCACUAAGAUAACACCUUCAAGAGGCUUGAAACCAGAAAACUGGUUAAUGACUUCUAUAAAUGCACUGAAACUGUGUUUAUGGAUAUUUUACCACUUUUAAGGACAGUUUUAAUGUUGAGUUUGGUAUUUUGAAAGGUUAUUUUUAAUGUAUUUCAGUAAUACAAUUGUUAUUACAUUUACAUGUACAGUGUUAACAUUACGUAUGUAUUGUGAAC